ACCGGAUGUUUACAAAAGUUGUACAUCCGGGAAGUCGAACUCGCAGCGUCUCCAAAUGGCGUCAAGUGGUCAAUUCCAACUAAUUCCUCUGUCUGAAUCACAAAUGGACUUUCCUGGUUGUCCGUACUCCGUGUCCGUCCUUAAAGUAGGCUAUUAUCAACCUCAGCAGGACGGGACAUUUAAGGCAGACGGAAGCAUCACCUUAAUAAGGGGACACAACAAUAACAAUAUCCUGGUGGACACCGGGGGGCCAUGGGACAGAAACUUCCUACUCAAGGCGCUAAAAGACCGGGGUUUGGAGCCCGGGGACAUCCGCCUGGUCGUGGGGACUCACGGACAUUCCGACCAUGUUGGUAACCUCAGUCUUUUCCACUCGUCAGUUAUGAUAGUAGGACAUGACAUAAGUCAAGGGGACAUUUAUACACCCAGCACGUUUGCACAGGGGUGCCCACACGUCGUGGACGAGCACGUGUGUGUACUACCCACUCCUGGCCACACGGGGCAGGACGUGAGCGUGCAGGUGAGAGGGAUGUCAGUUGGCACGCUACUGGUCGCCGGAGACCUAUUUGACAGCUGUUGUGAUGAGGACACCUGGCGCCACCUGAGCGCCAACACUGCAGUACAGGAAGCGAGUCGCCACAAGGCGUUGCAGACAGCAGAUGUCAUCGUACCAGGACAUGGCGUUCCUUUUCGGGUCCUCAGGAAUUCAUUUUUGUAAUAAAUAAUUGAUAAUGCUA